GUCAAUUGAAAGAAGAAUGAACUGUAAUCCUUGAAGAUAACUGGGCAGUUUUUUUUUUUUUUUUGGAUUAUAGAAGUUCAGAUUCUUACUGGUGUUGGAGGUUUAGACAAGUCUUCAGUUUGUGGACACACAGCAGCAGACCACCAUUUUCAGUGAAGAUUAGCGCCCCCCCCUUUGGUUUCCUUGGCAAAAAUUAAACCGUUGCAUCAUUGCAACUCCUGUUUGGGUGUGGUGUUAGGAUAUAGUAAUGGCAUACACUUUCCAAUGCUUUGCUUAAAAGACAAGACCACCAAACUCUACCAUUACACCAAACCUUGCUCAUCUUGAAUUCAGAAAUUAGCCUUUUUUUUUUAAUACAAAUAUCUGAAGAACUCAAGAAAACAAGACUUUCCUCAGAAGUCUGCUUAUUGUUAUAUUCUUUAUUGUUAGAUACAAAAUGAGAAGUUUUGUAGUAUUUUCGGUUAUCUCCUAAGGUAUAACUAAAAAAAAAAGUUGCACAAAUCUAUCGAGAAAGAAAAUUCAUCUUUGCAAACUAAAAAAAUUUCUAAGGGAGCCAUAAGUAUUUGUAUACAUUAUCCCUUUCUCUUCAAAUUAGAAACUGAGUACAACAUGCCAAUUGCAGACUUAAUUAUUUAAAACACCAGUGUAGCCAUGGAAAACCUACAGUCCAAUUUUUCCUUAGUUCAGGGUUCAAAUAAAAAACUGAAUGGAAUGGAGGAUGAUGGCAGCCCUCCCGUGAAGAAAAUGAUGACAGACAUGCAUGCCAGUGGAAAAACGCUGACCAAGGUGAAGAAGGAACAUUUGGAUGACUAUGGAGAUGUAUCAGUGGAGACAGAUGGAGACCAUGCUAAACGAAACUGUACUUCCAUCCCCGAAACUUUAAAUUUAAACCCCAGCCUGAAACACACACUGGCACAAUUCCAUUUAAGUAGUCAGAGCUCUUUGGGUGGGCCAGCAGCAUUUUCUGCCCGAUACUCCCAAGAAAGCAUGUCGCCGACUGUGUUCCUGCCUCUUCCAUCUCCUCAGGUUCUUCCUGGCCCUCUUCUCAUUCCUUCUGAUAGCUCCACAGAGCUCACACAGACUGUUUUGGAAGGGGAGUCUAUUUCUUGUUUUCAAGUUGGAGGAGAAAAGAGACUCUGUUUGCCCCAAGUCUUAAAUUCUGUUCUCCGAGAAUUUUCACUCCAGCAAAUAAACACAGUAUGUGAUGAGCUAUACAUAUAUUGUUCAAGGUGUACUUCAGACCAGCUUCAUAUCUUAAAGGUCCUAGGAAUACUUCCGUUCAAUGCCCCAUCCUGUGGGCUGAUCACAUUGACUGAUGCGCAAAGACUCUGUAAUGCUCUACUGCGGCCUCGGACUUUUCCUCAAAAUGGUAGCAUACUUCCUGCUAAGAACUCUUUGGCCCAGUUAAAGGAAACUGGCAGUGCCUUUGAAGUAGAACAUGAAUGCUUGGGCAAAUGUCAGGGUCUCUUUGCACCUCAGUUUUAUGUCCAGCCUGAUGCUCCCUGUAUCCAGUGUCUAGAGUGCUGUGGAAUGUUUGCACCCCAGACAUUUGUCAUGCAUUCUCACAGAUCACCUGACAAGAGAACUUGCCACUGGGGCUUUGAAUCAGCCAAGUGGCACUGUUACCUUCAUGUGAACCAAAAAUACCUAGGGACACCGGAAGAAAAGAAACUGAAGAUAAUUUUAGAAGAAAUGAAAGAGAAGUUUAGCAUAAGAAAUGGAAAGAGAACCCAGUCAAAGACAGAGGCACCAUCGGGAAUGGAAUUGCCAUCCUGGUAUCCUGUUAUAAAACAGGAAGGGGAACAUGUUUCUCAGCCACAUUCAUUUUUACAUCCCAGCUACUAUUUGUACAUGUGUGAUAAAGUGGUUGCACCGAAUGUGUCACUCACAUCUGCUGUACCCCAGUCUAAAGAGGUCACCAAGACAGAGACAAGUAAGUUCAUCUCCAAACAGUCAGAAAAGCCUCAUGGUAGUAGUAAACAUCAAAAAACAGUGUCUUACCCAGACGUCUCACUUGAGGAACAGGAGAAAAUGGAUUUAAAAACAAGUAGAGAAUUAUACAGUCGUUUAGAUCCACUGAUCUCAAAUAAUUCUAUGAGUAAAAAGAAAUCUGAGUCUACUGUUUGCAACUUGGUGAGAGACAUAAGCAAGCACGAUGCUGAAGCUUCCUCUCCAUUUCUGGUCAGAGAUGUUACAUGUGAGGAUGACAAGGGAAAGAUUAUGGAAGAAGUGAUGAGAACCUAUGUAAAACAGCAGGAGAAGCUGAAUUCAAUUCUGCAAAAGAAGCAACAGCUUCAGAUGGAAGUGGAGAUGCUGAGCAGCUCUAAGGCGAUGAAGGAGCUCACUGAAGAGCAGCAGAAUCUGCAGAAAGAACUCGAGUCUCUGCAGAACGAACAUGCUCAGAGGAUGGAGGAGUUCUAUGUGGAGCAGAGAGACUUGGAGAAGAAGCUGGAGCAGGUGAUGAAGCAAAAGUGCACCUGUGACUCGAAUUUAGAGAAGGACAAAGAGGCUGAGUAUGCGGCCCAGUUGGCAGAACUGAGGCAAAGACUAGACCAUGCUGAGGCGGACAGGCAAGAACUCCAAGAUGAACUCAGACAGGAGCGGGAGGCAAGACAGAAGUUAGAGAUGAUGAUAAAAGAGCUGAAGUUGCAGAUUGUGAAAUCAUCAAAGACCACCAAGGAAUAGGAGCCGAAGAAGAGAUGGAUCUGUAUUUGGUCAACAGGGAUUUGUGUUUGUCACUUACUUUGGAAAUUGAAUUCUGUUGUCUUGCCAUAUCUGCAUGAAGAUAGCUAGACAUUCUAUUCAUUUAUAGGGCAGCAAAAUGAAGAGAUUAUAUAUUAGUACAUAAAUUUUUCCACUUUCCAAAUGAUAAGUGUAUGCUUCUUUGAACUUUUUCCAGUCAGCUUGGUGAUGAUAACCCAUGUAAUUUCAACCUGUAGACAUCUACCUGUAUUUCUAAGGCAAGCCUAACAGUUACAUAUUUUUCAAAGCUGUGGUAUGUGAUGGGAAAUAUCUGUCAGUUUUAUUAUGCAUAUUUCAGGCUCGAUUUUAGAUACAGUGCUGAUGUUUAUGAUGCAGAGUUCCUCAACCCUGUAUCAUCCUUCUCAUUACAGAAUAUGUUACUACAGAAUCUC